AAGGAGGAUGAAACAGUAUCCACUGGAAAGAGAUUGGUAGAGAUAAGGCCAAGGACAGAAGGGCAUUUGGAAAAAGAACAUAAACUAUCUUCCCCCUUUCUCCAUUUUCAAGUCCACAGAGAGUGCUUUGUGGCAGAGGCUUACAGGGUCCCUUAGUGGGGCAUAGCUCUGUAGGUGUGCAACUUGUGCAAGGGCUCCACGUGUUCUACAGAUGGCUGUAUACCGGAGUUGGCUUCUCCUGAGCUUCUUUCUCCUUGAGGUUCUUCUCUUGGAGGCUGCAAAAAUCCUGACUAUAUCUACACUGAGUGGCAGCCAUUAUAUGGUGAUGAACCGUGUGACGCAAAUUCUUCAUGGAGGUGGCCACAAUGUGACCAAACUUCUUUAUGAAAAUGCUGAUAUCCCAGAUUUUAGUAAGGAAAAACCAUCAUACCAGGUUCUUAAGUGGCAUCCACCUGAAGAUCAGAACAAGAAACUUAUUGAUCGUCGGAAUCGACUUUUAGAAGAACUCAUUUAUAGCAGGUCUGAACAUCCCACCCUUCUAAAGAUUUUUCGAUACUUUGGGGACUUAUGCAGUCACUUUUUAAGCAGAAAGGAUAUCAUGGAGUUCUUAAAAAAUGAGAACUUUGACCUAGUACUUCUUGAUUCAGCAGACUACUGCGCUUUGCUGACUGUUGAAAAGCUUGGGAAACGAUUUGUGUCCUUUCUUCCAGUGCAAUUUAGUGUGAUGGACUCUGGGUUACCAAGUGCCCCCUUGUCCUAUGCUCCAGUGUAUGGUUCUGGUCUUACUGACCAAAUGGACUUCUGGGGCCGAGUAAAGAACUUUCUGAUGUACUUUCAUUUCUCCAUGAAGCAAAGGGAAAGGUUUUCUCAAUUUGACAGCACUAUCCAAGAGCAUUUUGCAGAAGGCUCUCGGCCAGUGUUAUCUGAACUUCUAUUGAAAGCUGAGCUGUGGUUUGUCAACUCUGACUUUGCCUUGGAAUUUGCUCGUCCCCUGUUUCCCAACACAGUCUAUGUGGGAGGUUUACUGGACGAACCUGUUCAGCCAAUACCCCAAGACUUGGAGAAUUUUAUCUCUCAGUUUGGAGACUCAGGUUUU